GUUGAAUUGUCGUUCUUUUGUAGUCCUUCGCUCUUCGCGUUUUUUUACUUGUCUAACCCACACUCGUUUUCAAUUUACAUACUACGGCGUUCCUCCGCCUCACCACUACACUCGUUCUCGCUCUUUAGUUAAUUCCCGUCCGCAGUGAACCCCGGACAAGAUGAAGGUUCCAACUCCGAAGGCUCAAAUUGCCUCAGUGGCCUUCAUCGCAUGGUUAAUACCAUUCUCAAUUGCCACACCCUUUGGCACUAUCAACGGCGCUCUUCACCAGCAUGCGGAGCACGAGAUGAUCACUCGGUCCGCCCUUCGAUGCCCAGAUGGGCAGAAGUCUGACGGCAUCUGCUUUGAGCCGCUCUCACUCGACAAUCUUGCUGGCAGUCCUGGCUUCAAUGGCGCUGUGGGAUCUCCGGAUACCCUCCCCCCAGAGGACGCUGUGGCUCACUGCGACGACGCCGACUUCCUCAACAUCCCAGACUACCCUCAGUCGCGCGCGGACGCAUCUGCGGCGCUUCAGGCGUGCGUCGACCACCUCAGGAUGCGUUUCGGUCAAGGUAUUCGCGGCGCUGCCCGAAUGCUCGACAGCGACAACAAGAUCAUCGACAAUGAAGUGAAUCUCAAGGAUUUCGGCCAAUGUGGUUUUAGCCACCGCGAGAAGACGGAUGACAUGAUCAACAGGGGCAAAUGCGUUGCUCUCGAAGGCCUUGGGCGGGCUCUACACGGCACUGAGGACUUUUACAGCCACAGCAACUGGGCUGACCAGUCUGAUCCGAACCGGCCCAUCUCUGUCACCAACCCGCCUGGUCUCAAUUACCGAACCCUUGCCAACGACCUCUUGGACCUUCGGGCCUCGAAUAGCAUAUCUGAAAAGGUGCCCAUUGACUUGACCACUGGAUGUUUCAACGUAGCAGAGAUGCUCCCCAAUGGCGGUACCGGGUCCUUUGGCUGCCGGAACCGCGUUAUCCACGAGAACCUCAACAAGGACCAUGGCGUCAUCACACUGGACGGUAGUAUUACCCCUGAUGCCAAUGGCGUUCCGCGAGAGGAAGUGAGUGGAAACUUUGCCCGCGCCGUCCUGUCCGCGAUCCAGGAUGCCCGAGAGCGAUGGAAGAACUUCCGGGACGAGUUGAAACGCCAACACGACCCGGAGAAAGCGGCGCUGAUCAUAUGCGCCAUGGUUCGAGACGACCCGGCCAAGGACUGCCGCAACCGUAAACUCGCCAUCGUCGUCGACUCGUCCGGCUCCAACUCGUGGACCGAUCCCUCUAACCUCCGUAUCCAAGCUGCUCGGGACUUCAACGCGAAACUCACCACGGCUGCGCAGGCUGGCUCUGGCCCCUAUCCCGACCAAGUCGCUGUUGUUGAUUUCGAUGACAGCGCCUCCCUUCUGUACCCUAUGGGCGACCCUGCUGGUGCUGCUGGCACGUUUGGCGUCAUCGACUCCAGCGGAGGCACCAAUAUCGGAUCGGGCAUUGCCAUGGGCAUCGACGAGAUCAUCAAGGACCAGCCCGGCUUCUUCGCAAAGCGCUCUGGUAUCGUCGUUCUCACUGACGGCGAAGAUGGGAGCCCCGCCAACCAGCUUCUUCAGCUUGCUCGUGCAAAGGUUCAGGGCAUCCGUGUCAACUAUGGCUUCCUCAGCCCGCCGGUUAAUCCUGUGACCAAGCGCUCCCUGCAGAAGCGCGACCCGUCUCCAGACAUCAUCUCGGGCAUCUUGAGCACCGGUGGCACUUUUGGAAUUAUCACCUCUGCCAAAGCCCAGAAGAAUUUUAUUAAUUUGGUUAUUGCACGCGGCGCCACAGAGGUGGACUCUCCUGUCGGCAGCACGCUUCUCACGUCCGGUGUCACCGUGACCGAAAACCUUACCCCUGAAAAGAACUCGCACGACUUUAUUUACUCGGCGUCUGCUGGGGAGCGUCUCAACUUUACCCUGACUGUCGUCAAAGGCACUGCUGGUAUCACUGGUGUCUUGCGCAACGUCCGCGCGAACGAGAACAUCGCCACGCUGAACGCGACGUCCAAGGCGCCCGCGAAGACCACCUUCGAUGCUAGCGUAGCCACCGAGCUCGAGCUGAUUGUGUCGGCGCCCGGAAACGUGUCGUCGGAGAUCAUAUUCAGUGUUGGCAUGGGUACGAACCUGCCCGACAAGAACGUGACCACUACUUCGUCCGUCAAGCCUACAACUACUAGCUCUAACUACACUGUUUCUGCAAUCGCUAAUGCAACAACCACGGGCUAUUUCAAGAACGCGACCUCCACCUUCAACUCCAAGGCCUAUCCAACCGGUCCGGUAACCGAGAUCACUUAUGUUUACACUACACUUUGCACCACUCAGGUCGUCACCACUGUCUGCGACGGCCCAGACACAAGUAUCAUGACCAUCUACCCAGUCUCUCGCGUUACCAGUGUCAUUACUACUACCAUUGCACAGUACGUAACGGCAACAUGUCCCACAUGCAGUCAUGGAUAUGCCAAGGCCACUUCCAAACCAGGAGCCACGCCCACGCAGCCUCAAUCCGGUGUUGCGUAUACGGUCCAAUGGAACAAAUACGUCUCUUCAGCGUAUCAGCAACUCCAGAGCGGUCCUCCACCACAGAACACGUACGUCCAUUCCCAGGGAUAUCCUCCUGGACCGCCGUUGACAAAGACGUACGUCUUCUCUCAACCCGGAGGCCCCUCUACAAAGACAUACGUCUAUUCUCAACCCGGGGGCCCUUCCACAAAGACAUACGUCUACUCCCACCCCGGCCACGCACCUCCCUCGAGCCCGCCGCAACCGGGCUACCCUGGAGCCACCACUGUCGUGCAAGGCUACCAAGCCGUCACCUCGCCCGCACCCGCAAACCCCCCUCUCUCCACGAGCCCGUACAUCUACUACAAAGCAACAACCACGUAUGAAGCCGGCAAUUCCACCACCACCACCGGUGGACCCAUGCUCUAUACUGGCGGCGCAAUCGCGCUAACUGUGCGUGACACGAUGAGUGGCGUUGUGGGCGCCGUAGUCGCCGUUAUGGGUUUCGGGCUGUUGUAGGUGGUUGUAAUAUGUUUAAUUGAAUGUUUAUGUUUCUAAUGUAUGAAUAUUGUGGCGAGGGUGGGCGGGCGGUGAUAGCGAAUUAAGCGUUGGCUAGAUUCUCGUGCAUGAACCAUCGUUUGCUAUGAAGGUUACUCACUAUCCACCAAUUUGAAGAGCCUCCUAAUUGAUUAAUAUUUCGACGCCG